AUGGCUGGCGUCCGCUCCGGCUUCUGCGAGCACGACUGCUCCCUGCGGGCCAAGAAGGACUCGCCAGGGUCACGGACCGGAAGUCUAGUCCACUACCGGAACCUAAGUAAUCUCGUUGUCCGGGCACAAGCUCACGGGUUCGUGGCCAAAGAGCGGGACCGGCUUUUUAUUACCUCCCCGCAGAGCGCGUCCCAUGGUACGUCCCAACCAUAUCAAAGAUGGCGGCCAGUAGCUCUGCACUUGCGCAGGCGCGAGCUACUACCCAAUAUGGCGGCCUCCGGGCCUCACGACGUCAGCGCAAACCUGGACCUGCGUGAGUUUAUCGCAGCGGCCGCCAUGGAGGCCUCUUCAGGGGAAAGGAACCUCACGACAGACUUGGAGUCCAGCGGCCCCCCAGCGUUGUUCGUGCUAUGUGGCUGGGCUGUGAGCGCCCACAUGGGUGUCCUGGAGAGCAGGGUGUGGGCUCUUCCAGCUCCCAUACUUCAAGGCAUCUUACCGCUGCUCAAUAUCUAUUACUUGGAGAGGGUCGAGCAUGCAGCCCAGAGGAAAGGCCUCUCCACACAGGCCAUCUGGCAUCAGCUCUGGGACGAUGUGAUGAGGACAAGGCCACCCCGUUCUGAGAGCGUGCCCUGCUGGCGGGCCAAGUUCCUGGAGACCUUCUUCUGCCACGUGCUCCGAGGGACCCUGGACCCGGCAUGUGACUGGCGCCUCCAGGACAGCCAUUUCUCCGCCCUCCAGCACAGUGCGCCCUAUGUCACCCAGCUCACCAUCUGCAAUGCGCUGCAGGGAGUGGGGGAGCUGGUGGCCAAGGUCCAUCACAAGGUGCUAGAGACCCUGGCCCACUCCCUGCACACGCUCAAGUUCCGGCACCUGCUCUUCUCCGAUGGAGCUGCUCACCAGGCCCUGCAGGGGCUGCUGCACCGACUCAUUCACCACGGGGCCGUCCGGCAGGUGUCCAUGUACUCCUGGCCGGUGCCCGAGACUGCAUUGUUCAUCCUCAUCCUCACCAUGAGUGCGGGGCUCUGGCAGCCCGCCCCCUGUGAUGAGCCUUGCCGUCUGUGUGGGGAGCAUGCCCCAGGGCAAGCCUCGGACCUCAGCGAGCCUGCUUUCCUGCUGGGGCCUGGCUGGCCGUGCCGGAAUACCACAGAGCGGUCGGCGGCCGCCCUGAUGACCACUCGGUGGGAGAGGGAGGCCAGGGAGGCUCGAGAACAGGCCGUGCUAGUGCAGGAGAGCCGGGCGCUGGGUGAAGCAGGCCCCGGGAGCCCCCCUGCCCCAUCAUCAGGCCCUUGGACACCAGCCAGCCCAGCCCCGCAGCCCCGGGUGGCUCCCAGGAGGAAGAGUCCCUGCCCCCAGCCCUGGCAGCGGCCCGGUACAGAGCCGGAUGACCUCUAUGACUUUGUCUUCCUCAUUGCCAGCGAAAAGGAGGAACAGGAAGAGAAGAGGCAGAGCCGUCCGUCCUCUAGAACGUGGGACCUUCCUUCUCUGGACAGUGCCCAACGCUUCCGUAGCAUCUCUGCUCUGGAGCUGUUAACCAUCCCACUGUCCACGGAGUCGACGCUCGUCCUGUGUCACCUGCUGCGCUCCUGGGUGUCCUUGGAGAAGCUCACCCUCUCCUAUAACGGACUAGGCUCCAAUAUCUUCCACCUGCUGGAGGGUUUGCAGGCCCUCUCAGCCCAAGCCAACUGUUGCCUCCACUCCUUCCACUUCACUGACCUCUUUUCCCCUCUGUCUGUGCUGGAGCUGGCCCACAGCACCCUCAGGGUCCUGCCCGGGCUGCGCACCCUAGCCAUCCGCAUCGACCAUCUGAGCCCAGAAGACAGCCCCAGAUCCCCUGGGAGCGCUAGUCCUGGGACAGGGCACGAGGAGAUUCCAGAGAACUGCCUAGAGCAGCUGGAGCUGGGCUUUCCCCGCAGGCCACAGGCCAGCCAGUGGCUGUGCCGGGUCCUGGAGGCUUCGCCCUCCUUGCAGCAGCUGGCCCUGGACAGUGCCACCUUCACCUCCCCCAAGGAGCUGGGCCAGGUGCUCCAGACACUGCGAGAAUGCAACCCAGCCCUGCAGAAGCUGAGCUUCCAUGACAUGAACCUUGCUGAUUGCCAGAAAGAGGUGCUCUUGCUGCUCCGGGACCCCACCCUCCGAGAGCUCACCCUCUCUUUCUGCCGUCUGCUGGAGAAGCGCCGGACCCACUUUCUGCCCAAGCUGGUCACGGCCAUGAAGAGCAAUUCCACUCUGAAGAGCUUCCGGCUGCCCGGGAACCGCCUUGGGAGCUCAGGCCUCGUGUCGCUAGCUGAGAUUUUCUCCAGUGACUCCUCCUCCUCCCUCUGCCAUUUGGACAUCAGCUCCAACUGCAUCAAGCCAGAUGGCCUCCUUGAAUUUGCCAAGCAGCUGGAGCAGAGCCACUCGAGCCGUGAGACCUUCGGCCACCUCUGCCUCUUCCAGAACUGGCUGGACCAGGACCCCAGCAUGACUCAGGAGGCCAUUGGCCGGCUGCGGGCCACGUUCAGCGUGGUCAGUGACACGUGGGACUCCUCCCAGGCCUUUGCCGACUACGUCAGUAUGAUGUGACUGUGGCCUUCCUGGACAGAAAGGCCCCAGUCCUAGGCUUCCCCCCAGCCCCUUGUGGGCUACAGCAUGGCACCAGAAGCCCAAGUUCUGGCCCAGAAGGCUGACCACGUCCUCAGCAGGGAAAGAGAAAGCAGGCAGGUCCUGGCUCCCCAUCUCCUCUGGGCUGAUAGGCCGUGCCCAGGGCCCAAGGACCUCAGGGAUCAAGGGG